AUGGCCUCGCGUUUCGUCUCCGCCGGACAGAUCGACGCCGGCACAGGCGACGCCGUCUCCCCGCCACGGGCGACAACCACACAGGACCCGUCUUCCUCAGCAGUAUCCUCGCGCAAGCAGGCAGAAUGGGCCGCCGUCCAAGCCCAGCUAGACGCCGAGAAGAAGCAGCGCGAGGAGGCACAGAGGGCCGCCAAUGCCGACGUGGGCCCGAACGGCGAGCGCUCGCUGUACGACGUGCUGCAGGCCAACAAGGCAGCCAAGCAGGCGGCGUUCGAGGAGGCCAACAAGAUCCGUAACCAGUUCCGCGCGCUCGACGACGACGAGAUCGAGUUCCUUGACGGCGUGCGCGAGAACAGUCGGCAGGAGGAGGAGCGUCGGCGCAUCGAGAUCGAGGAGGGACUGAAGGCGUUCCGCGAGGCGCAAGCCAAGGGGGCCCACCAGGCACCGCAGGACGACGACGAGGGCUGGAACGAAGCGACACAGGAACUGGGCGGCGGCGGCGACGAGUGGGCCGUCAGCAGCCGUAAGCGCAAGAGAGAAAAGGAGAAGGUGAUCAAGGGCAUCAAGAGGCGGACAAGCUCCCUGGGCAAAGACGGGGAGCACGGCGCUGCAGAAAAGCCUCCAGCCAGCCAGAGUCGCAGCAACAAGGGUGAAGAGACCAGGUCAGCCAAAGAAAAUGGGCUCCCAGAAAAGCCGGCCGAGAAGGAUGCCGCUACCGCUGUCCCAGCUGCCCCAGCGGCAAAGCCGAAAGCUGGCCUAGUAGAUUAUGGUUCAGAUGAUGACAGUGAGUGA